AUGCGAUUCUGCGCGAUUUUCUUGAUUUUUGCCGGCAUUUUUAUGGGACUCGCCCAAGCUUCGCAGCAGAUUCGAGAUUAUGAGACGAUUCGACGGCAGGCGAUGAAGAAUAUCGCAAGUUUGGAGACGAUUUUGGAUCAUCGCGGUGUGAAGAAUGGAAGGCAUAAGGUUAGUGGGAGAUUUUUCGCGCCAAAAAGUACAGUAAUCCGAGAUUUUAGCGCCAGGAAUCGAUUUAACAGGUUCGAUUCACUAUAGGUCAAAUUCUACCUACAGUAACCCAGGGAAAAAUUGUGCCACAACAUUCUGAAAUAUUUUGUGGAUCAAAAUUUGGAACCCUUUAAUUUGGAGUACUGUAGUUAGGCCUAGCGAUUAUAGAAGCCUACAGUACCCCAGGGAAAAGAUUGUUCCAAUAAUUUUUGUAGAUCAUUUGUUCAUCUGAAAUUCAUGGGUUACUGUAGCUCAAAUUUCAGCGCGAAAAAUUGCAAAAUUCAAAUUUUUCCAGAAUCGUCGAAUCGGUGGCAAUAUUGUGAUGGGCUGA